GAGAAGAAGAAAAAGAAAAAGAAUUAGAAAAGGAAAAAGAAGGAGGUGGAGGAGGAGGAGGAGGAGGAGCAGCAGUAGAGUUCAUUCAGUAAGUAGUAACGGAGUGGACGUUAACAUAUAUGCGUCUUCGUCGUCGUGACAUUGAGAAUAAGACGACGACGGAUAUUAUCUCGACGGUGGAAGAGGCUGAAUUAUUUUUUGGGUCGCGCGACAAGGAAUGCUCGCGCGCGAAUACGAGCGAGUUUCGAAAGAAGAAGAAAAAGAAGAAGAAGAAUUAGUAGUAGUAAUAAUAAUAAUAAUAAUAAUAAUAAUAGUAGUAGUGGUGGUGGUUGUGGUGGUGGAAAAAUUACAACAUCAGCUGGAACAUCGGCUAAAACAUCAUCAACACCAACAGCACCUGCAUCAUCGUCGUCAUCCUCAUCAUCAUCAUCAUCUGCAGCAGCACCAGCAGCACCAGCAGCGUCAACAUCAGUCGGUGUUAGAAGUUGUUGAUAGGCAGAAGGAAGGCGUCGCGACGCGAUGAUCAUAUCGGCCGUCGGCGUCGCGACGCGCGAUACCAUGGAGAAGAAGAGGUGUGCCAUGCUCACCACGACGACGACGACGAUGACGACUACUACGACUAUGACUACGACGAUGACUACGACAACGACGACAACGAGGAGGAUCGAAUGCAACGACGAGUCCUCCUCUUUACCAUCCUCUUCUUCUUUUUACAAUGAUAAUGAUCGACGAUUAUUUCAUAACGAUAUGUCGAUGAUGAUAAACGGUGAUGAUGUGUACGAUGAGAUCGUUAGUGAAACUCUGUUCGUUAAUGUGGAUAAUAAUAUUUCUUCUAAUUCCAAUGCUAAUGCUAAUUCUAUUAUUACUUCGAUUGGCUUGAACGGGAACAGUGACGUCAUCGAGCACUUCGCAACACCUGUCAUUCCGUUUUCUACUGAUCGACCAAUUCAUUUUCUACCGAAGAGUUCACGGAAGGAGGAAUCUCCCCAACGACAUCACCGAAGCGUUCGACCCUACUCAUCGAGGAUCGAGCGAGCAGUGGUAAAACUGGGUCUGCAUACGUGGCUUGGACGAGCAUGCACCAAGAUUUGCGGCCAGAACAGCAGCAGCAGCAGCAACAGAGGAAGCAGCACUAGCGGGAAGAAUGGAUUACGUUUUCUUCUAUUGGCCUGCUUGAUCGUUUUGAGCAACGCUGGAUUUUGUCCGAUCGGUUGCACUUGCGACGACGAUACCUUAGUAGUAUCCUGCGUAGGUGCUAGCUUGGAAGUAAUACCGAUCGCAUUGAACCCGAGUAUACAAAGAUUGGUAUUGAAGGAUAAUAAAAUAAAGACCGUAGAGGCUGCCGUAUUUCAAUUUUACGGCGAUCUGAAGAACAUCGAUUUAUCGAGCAAUCAUCUGUUCAACAUUCCAGACGGUAGCUUCGAGGCACAGAAACAAGUGGUCGAGUUGCAUCUGAGGCACAAUAAGAUCUCGGCUUUAACGGAAAAGACAUUUCAAGGAUUGAAAUCGUUGACGGUGCUGAAUAUGCGAGACAAUUACCUCGAAAGUCUGACGAACGGGUUGUUCGUGUCUCUACAAAAGUUGGAGGAACUCGAUCUUGGUCAGAAUCGAAUCUCGAAACUCGAGCCGAACGCCUUUCAAAAGCUCGGCACUCUCAGGGUUCUCUAUCUCGACGAUAAUCAACUAAAAACAAUACCGUCGUCAGCUUUGGCCCCAUUGAACGCUCUUGCCGAGCUUCACAUUGGUUGGAACGCGCUUUCUACUUUGCCAGACGAUGCUUUCAAAGGUUUGGAACAACUGACCAUUUUGGACGUGAUGAGUGCCGGUCUGGACAACAUCAGCGACGGUGCUUUCCGAGGUCUUAACGCUUUACGUACUUUGAAACUCAGCGGGAACAAGUUGCGCGAAGUACCAACAAAGCAACUCGCGGUGCUACCACGGAUAGAGGAGCUUACUCUGGGUCAAAACUUCUUUACCAUUCUGAGAUCGGGAGCGUUUCAGGGUCUUUCGAAACUUAAGAAGCUCGACAUCUCCGGCUCGAAGCUCUUGACCACUGUCGAACGCGGCGCUUUCUCGGACAAUGCCAAUUUGGAGACCCUUGUGUUGAACAGCAACAAACGUUUAGCUACGAUGGAGGACGGUUCCUUGGCAGGAUUGCCGAAUCUAAGACACCUAAUGUUACGAGAUAACGCGUUCACGAGCUUUUCCGAAUCUCUGGUGGCUUGGAACGAGCUACGCAGAUUAGAUCUCAGCGAGAAUCCGAUCUUAUGCGACUGUAGUCUGUUGUGGUUGGCCGAGGUGCUCGUACCGCGAAACUCUAGUCCGGUAAUAUGUCCGGAGCAGGCCGGAUCUAAAGGAAAAUCGAUCAAGGGUAUGACGCCGGACGAAUUGGGUUGUGCCUUUUCGGAUCCACGCAAACAGGCACUCUUGGCGACUCUCUGCGCGGGUGGUCUCGCCCUACUUACCGGUCUAGCACUGAUAUUGUAUUACAGAUGUCGCCGACGCGUCAGGGAUGCUUUGAAAGAUUACAAAUGGAAGAACCGCGGUAUUUCGAGGAAGGAGCACGUAUAUCAAAAGACUUAUUCCGAGGACGAGUAUAUCGUAAGAUCGGCGCACGCUCAUCAUCAUUAUCAUCAUCACCCGACGCAAAAUCAAGCGAUCCCGCCUCAUCAUCAGCACCAUCAUCUACAACAGCAGCAACAGCAACAGCACCAGCUGCAACAGCAGCAACAGCAACAACAGCAGCACGGGCAAAUGGCGGUGGGGACGAAGCCAAUACCGGUGACGGAACUGUAGCUAGAACUUCGGGC